AGGGGGAGAGAGGGAAGACGGGGGGAAGUGAGAGGAUAACUGGCUGUUUGCUCACUCUUGUCUUCUUGCUCCCCCUCCUGUCCAUUCACUUCCACUUACAGACGAGGCAGCAGGAUGGAUGAAAAGGUUCCCACGUGAACGCCAGGAAUCCACGGGAGGACGGGAGAGAGAGAAAGAAGAAGACACAAAGCAGAGAGGGAAAGGGGGAGACAGAUGGACUGCAAACAGAGGGGAUAAGAGCAAACAUGAACGCCGGAGGGAUGGAGGAAACGUGAAGGAAUAGCGGAGGAGAAGAGGAGCCACAGAGGGGGGGAGAAAGAUGAGGAACUCACGCUGGGUUUCAAACCAUGAGAGGAUGAGUCAUCGAGAGAAGAGCUAAGAAAAGAAGAGCGAGAGAUAAAGUCCAAAGCAAAGGAGAACAACAAAAGAAGUUGAAAUAGAUCGGCCAUUAUGGGGAAGUCUGCAGGCCGGCCCCGUACUUUGGGCAUCCAAUCACCCGAGGGCCCAGGGGACAAAGCAGGCGGAGACUGAGCAUCUGCCAAGCUGACGCAGAAAGAUGGACAGGAUGCAUUUCCUUCCUUCCUGCUUAUUUACCGGUCUGAAGAGUUCGUCUCCCUGGAAAUGUAAAGAGAAAUAAGUCGACAACUUGAGAAGAUAUGGGAGUGAACGUACACUCUUUACAUGCUAAAGAGUAUCUAAUGCUGCAUAUAUUUUUGUACGAGGUAGAUUAAUUCUAGCGGUAAGCAAUGAUCACGGUGAUCUACACUUAAUUUGUACUUGCUGUGCUUAAAAUAUCUACAUCUUGAACUGUGAAUCCUUUCCGGAGGACAAUCUUUUAGCUGCAGAGAAAGUCCUUGUUGUGCAGAUUUGAGAAAACCUGCACACAAUUCUGUGAUGAAACUCAGUCAAUCAACUGUGCAGGUCUCUCACUGUUGUGAUGACAAUAUACUAAAGAGGGGAUCGCUUUCCUUGUUGCCGCACUGACACAUCUGAGCCUUCACGACAUCAAACAGACUGUGGAUGUUGGGGCAGCGAGAGAAACCAGAGACAUGGUGAGCAAAGAGCCCAACCACGUGCUCACGGGCCAAACCAACGGCAAGAGCACCACGUUGGCCGACAAGCUUCCCGGGACGAUGACCGUACGCUCGGUGCUGCUCAACCGCGACUCCCCAGACAUCGAGAGCCGCCUCAAGCGCCGCAGAAACCGAACGCACCAGGUCCGCUUCAAAGACCUGGAAGAUGGCAGCAGCAGCAGCGGAAACAGCGGCAACGGAGAACACAACAGCCAUCCGAAGCCUGAUUGUGCCAGCCCGCAUCCUCUCCGAAAACACAGGUCGCCAAAACUGUGGAUGGACAGGGACGGACCGCGGACUCUACCUGAGCAAACGUCCGUGGUUGGGGUUGUUCGUGGGGAUAUGGCGAGUACUAUAGAGGUGGUGGCUGCUUUCUUAGCGAGAGCCCCGCCUCACCCGUUGACUCCAGGGCCGACGCGUCGAUGCUGGGCUCCUCCGCAGCCCAACUUCUUGACUUUACCGAUGACACGGAGGACGAACGCGAGCACCAGCACCGCCAUCGCCAUCCAGACCUCCCCAUGCUUGAAGAAGUCCUCACACACUCGUAGUCAAAGCCUCGGGGAUUCGCGGGGGAUGGAUGGCGAUGACGAACACGAUUCGCAGGAUGAGUAUCUCGCCCACAACCACGUGUCGGUGUCCGAGGAUCAUAACGGUCCUGCUGGGGAUCAUACGGCGGUGGAACGGAGGUCAAAACCCUCCAGGACGGACUUUAAAUCGGCUGUUAGCGUGGUGAAGAACUCUCGCCACAGCUGCCCGCCGUCAGUGCUUCACAACGUGGAUGCAUUUCACUGCUCCAUGGUGGCCAGUCGAGACGGAUCCAAGCGUCAGGGCAGCAGCACCCCCGCAGCGAUACGGAGGAGAAAACGAUUUAACCGGACAACAAGCGAUCCUGGGAAGGAACUGCACCACUGCACCACUCCCACCCAGACUGAAAGCCCCAGAAAAUGCCCUUCAAAUAACAAACUCUGCACCACUCAAGUUCAAACGGAGAGCCCCUCCUCGCCACAAGACUCAAAGUUCUGCACUGCGCAAAGUCAAACUGAGAGCCAAGCGAAGACUCUCCCGGUGAUUGAGAAACAAUGCACAAUUAAAACCGCCCACUCUGAGCCAUGCACCACCCAAAUACAAACAGACUCGCUUCCAAAUCAUGAACCUUGCACUGUCCAGACACAAACCUGCAGCCCCUGUGCUUCCCCACCUCCGACAGUCUCUCUGAGCUCCAUGCAAAAUCAAUUGGAGAGUCCUGUAUCCCCGAAUCCCACCACCCAAAUAACUAUUGUGCCUUACUGUACCUCACCGUCACCUGUAAAGACCCCUGAACACUGCGCCAAACCCCCUUGCUCAACUGCACCUCCACCAAUUGCACUUUCCAUUCCCUGCUCCACUUCUUCUCCUACGGUCCUCCAACACCCGAUCCCUUAUUACACGGUUGUGUCACCACCUUCGACUCCAAAUGUAGCUGUUGUUUGCUCCAGUCCUCCCUCAAAUGCACCAUCAUGCAUCAUCCAAAACGGCACCUCCCAUAUCCCAAACAUAGUAUCAUCUUCUCCCUUAACCUGUUCCACCCCGACUCGAUCUGUUACCCCUAAUAUAACCCCUUGGGACCCCAUUAGACCUCAAACUCCUGCAACAAAGGUCACGCAUCAGGUGCACAAUGCUUCAAACGCUACACCACCUACAAAUGCACCAUCUUGCAUCACCCAAGACUGCACCACCCCUAUCCUAACCACAGUAUCGUCAGCUCCCCUAACCUGUUCCACCCCUACCCCAACUUUAACCCCUAAUAUAACCCCUUGGGACCCCAUUAGACCUCAAACUCCUUCUACAAAAGUAACGCAUCAGGUGCACAAUGCUUUGAAUGCUACACCUCCUACAAAUGCACCAUCACGCAUCACCCAAGACUGCACCUCCCCUUUCCCAAACAUAGUAUCACCUUCUCCCUUAACCUGUUCCACCCCGACUCGAUCUGUAACCCCUAAUAUAACCCCUUGGGACCCCAUUAGACCUCAAACUCCUUCUACAAAAGUAACGCAUCAGCUGCACAAUGCUUCGAACGCUACACCUCCUACAAAUGCAACACUGUCCAUCACCGAAAACUGCACCUCCCCUUUCCCAAACAUAGCCCCACCAGGUCCUCUGACAUGUUCCACCCCUACCCUAACCCCUAAUAUAACCCCCUGUGACCCCAUUAGACCUCAAACCCCGGCCACAAAUGUAACAAACCAGCUUCACAAUGCAUCAACCGGUCCUGCAAAUGCUACAUCAUGCAUCUCCCAAAACGGCACCUCCCCUAUCUUAAACAUAGCCCCACCUCCGACCUGUUCUACCCCCACUCUAAUAGCUAAUAUAACCCCCUGUGACACUAUGAGACCUCCAACACAGAAUGCAUUCAAUGCUACACCUCCUGCACAUCAGCUACCACUCAAUGCAUCACAUUUUACACCGACUGCAAAUGCAACCCCAUGCACAUUUGUAACUCAAACUGCCAUGUCCUGCACCUCCAUCACAUAUUACUCCACUAAUUCAGUUAGUCCCCAUGCACCUCACCAAACUACGCCUUCGUACGCCACUCUCAUACAAACGGUGUCUCAUUGCAACAUCCCUCUGCAAAACGCCUCCCUCACAGGAAUCACCCCCUACUCCUCCCCGGUGCCCAAACUCAGAUCCUGCACAUCUCCUCCGCUGGUGAAAACGUCCAAUCUUCCAAAUGCAACCCCGACUAAAGCUGUUCCUCUUUAUUCUUCCACGUUUCGCGCCGCGCCGCCGUACACUCCCCCCGCUCAGGCUCAGGAUAAGAGGGGCAUCCGACUUCCACCUCCUCCCCCGCCUCCACCUCCGCCUUACACGCCGCGCAAAACGGGAAAUGAUCCACCGUGUGCGACUGCGACUGCGACUCGGACACCCAUGCUCAGGACAGACAGCAAGGUGGGGAAGAAGGACAAAGAGGUGGAGAAGGAGAAAAAGGAAGAUGUGAAACGUUCAGACACGCCCAAACUCUGUGGGAGAUCCAGUUCUCUGAGGCACAGAGCUCAAACUCCACCAGUCGCUGUGAUGAAGGGGGAGAAACCGUGCUCCUCCUCCUCCUCCUCUUCUUCUCCUGCCAAGGCCUGUUUUAAGUCCAGCUGCCUCAGCUCAGCCCAGGCUCAGCUCGGGGUGCUGCACAAAAUGCUCUGCUCAGGGCCCAACGCCAGGCCCGGCACCCCCAACAGAGCGCUGCCGCAAAACUGCUCUGGAGGAAGAGGUUGUUCUGCUGCUGGGGGCCGACCCACAGCGGGGCCCCUGACCUCCACCCAGGCCGAAACACUGAGACAAGUGCAGGAGAUUCUGGGAGGCCUGGUCUCGGGGGCCAGGUGUAAACUGGACCCGGCUAAAGUGGCCGAGAAGCUCCUGGGUCCGAACGGCCCGCUGCACGAUAUCCGCAGCCUGCAGACCCAGCUGCAGAGCCUGGAGGGGGUCCUGGAGACCAGCCAGAACACCAUCAAGGUCCUGCUGGAUGUCAUUCAAGACCUUGAGAAGAAGGAAGCCGAGAGAGACGGAAGACAUUCAUACCAUACCGGACAGGACAUUGAGAACUGUGGGACCUGCAGGGACUGCGCCUGCAUCAUCUACAGUGUAGAGCAUGACUUCCGUCUGCAGGAGGGCCAGGUGGUCCGCAAGUGGAAGGUGGGCGACCCCCCCGAAGGCUCCCCACAGACCCCCACUCCCCAACCCUCCACUCCACAACAAUUGGACUCCCCUCAGACGGAAAGACCCCCCGCCACCACCAAGAAGAACCGGAAGAAAUGUUUCUGGUUCCUCUGAGUGCGAGAGACAUUUUGAUACCGUAAUGCACUGCGUACUAUAGAUGAUGAACUAUGAACAAAACGAGCAGACUGAAUUAAAAUGCCAACUGUGGGAGGAGAGAUUUUACCGCUGGAGUCGAUGAGAACGUUUUGACUGGGGCAAACAUGCUGCUUUGAAAAAAUGCCUCUUCAGCACUUACAGGUCACAUUCUGGCGCAGGGAAGUAAAAGUGCUGAAGUCAAAUAAAAGCAAAAGUUCAGUGCACAACAUGACUCACAGUUAUGAAGCAAUUAGGAGAUACAUAUAGGGGGUGGGACGGGGCAGGGGGCACCGUACAAGAGGCAAUACAGAGCAGAGGAGGGAAGAUAUUUAUAAAUGUUUAAAGUUUAUAGGCAGAGAGAGAAAAAUAUAGAAGGGAUUCAUCUUCAUUAUGGACUAAUGAGGGUCAGAACACCAGCUUUUAUAUCCAGAGACAUUUAAAAAGAAUUAUUAUGUAUUUCAAUCUUUUAAUAUACUGUAAUUGAUGCAACACGUCUACACACACACACACACACACACACACACACACACACACACACACACACACACACACACACACACACACACACACACAAAUGAUAUAUAUACAUAAAAAGGAAUAUAUAUAAAUUGAGAAAAUGAGUAAGAUGAGUUCUGCUUGGAUGAUUUAUUUCAGAUAUGGAUUACUGCUCUAUAAAAGUAUUUUACCACA